AUGGCUUGUCGAGUUAUUGCAGCAACUUAUUACACUUUGGUUUCUUUGACCGUUAUCAUGGUAAUUAAGGGUGUGUUUGCAGCGAGAGGGUGCCCUUAUGGAUGGGUGCCUUAUGCUGAUUCUUGCUACUUGGGUCUGGAUGGAUCCAUGAAGGGCGACUGGACCACUGCCUUGAUGCAGUGUGAUCGUAACAACGCAUCUAUAAUGCUGCCAAGCUCAGAUGGCGAAAAUGAGUUCAUAUUUACUUCGUUUCAGCACCACGGAUAUCUAGAGGGUGUUUGGAUCAAUUGUAAUGAUGCUGAAGUUGAAGGUGAUUGGAACUGCAUUGAGAAUGGUUUGAAUCCGACUAAAUAUCGGAAGUGGGGGCCAAACCAACCAGAUGAUGAAAAAUGGCCGUCUGAUCAUGAUUAUGGCUACAUGUUAACCCGUGAUAUCCAGAAGAAUCCAGACAUACUUGGCUAUUGGGGUGAUGCGAUGGCAACAUAUGAGAUGUUCAUCGUCUGUGAGCGUCCCCGUCAAGCAAGAUGUGGUUAA